AUGACUUGCUCCAGACCACAGUCCAGCCAAGGUUCUGUACCUUGGGUAAUUGCCGAGGGUGGCAAUAUAUCCCAUCGCUCAAGUUGGCUUCCUUCUCCCGGCCCUGACGCCCAGACCGAGUGCUUUCCCGCGCCGUUAAUUGGGCCUCGCCGAACCCGGCCCCAGGCCAUCCACGUCCUCUCAUUUCCUUCCGGCUACAUACCUCGCGAUCUUCGACCGUCACCAACCAAGUCUCUCCGCCUCGGAAUACGGCGAGAAAGAAAGCAGGAUAAAUCUGCGCAAAAGACCGAACGUCGAAUCUUUCUCCUUCGCAGAUUUUCCGCUCCCGGCUUGGAGUCUGCAUGCCAACGCCAGCUCUCUCGUUUCAGCAAACAAGCUAACACAGCGGCUGCGACCGAGGGGCUGCGACCGCCACAGGGCACCAGUCCACCGCCCAGCUCCGUACACGAGGACGAGCACCGGACCACUCCCUUGCCGGAGCCAAGUUUGGCAUCCGGCUCCAUCUUGAGCGUCACCGAAGAAGAACACAUCGCAGCGCCGCCUGCCAUGACAUCGCGCCGCAGAGGCGCCGCCGACACGGCCGCAUACCGCCUACCGACCGACACCGGCUACCUCUCGUCCAUAAUGAACAAGUCAGCGGUGACUUCGGUAACGGAAAUCCCCAAGCCUGUCGCGUCUGGCAGCGGCGUGACCUGUUCCAUCCUCCUUGCCGAGCAAAAUGUCUUUCUGUACGGCUUCGAACACGACAACCACUCCCGCAUGGAGCAUCGCAGUGGCACAGCGCUUCUACGCGGUCGAUUACGACUCAACGUCACCAAGAACGUCAAGCUCAAGGCAGUCCAGCUAAAACUUGUCGGUCGUGCCCGCACCGAGUGGCCUGAGGGCAUCCCGCCGCUCAAGCAAGAUCUGUUUGAGGAGGAAAGCCUUCGGACGCAAGUCUUGACGUUUUUCAACGCCAUGACCGAGGGGUGGGAAAACGAAUACGGAAACCAGUGCACAUACUCUCUCAAAUCCAGCUCCAACAACUCGAGCAACACGAACCUCGCGCUGCCUGCCACUCAAUCACACCGUGCCAGCCUAAGCUCGAAAGAAAUGAAGCGCCUGUCGCUGCAGACUGUCCAGUCGCGUAGCUUUGGCAAGAGCGACUAUAGCGUUGCGUCUGUAACGCAAGCAAAGGGCUACAAGGUCUUUUAUCCCGGCACCUACGAUUACUCCUUCGAGCUCCCGAUCGAUUUCCACCAGCUCGAGACCACCAAACUCCAGUACGGCUCCGUAAAAUGGGAGCUGCACGCGACGGUUGAUCGCGCGGGGGCGUUCAAACCUAACCUACAUGGCGUCAAGGAAGUUUCCAUUGUCCGCCUACCGGACCAGAUGUCGCAGGAGAUGUCGGAGCCCAUCUCCAUAAGCAGGCAAUGGGAGAAUCAGCUGCACUACGACAUUGUCAUCUCCGGCAAGAGCUUUCCCAUCGGCUCCAAGAUUCCCAUUGCCUUCAAGUUGACGCCACUCGACAAGGUGCACAUUCACAAGCUCAAGGUCUUCCUGACUGAGUCCACCGAGUACUGGACCAACGACAAGCGCGUCACGCGGAAAGACCCUGGUCGGAAGAUCCUGCUCCUCGAAAAGGUGGCCGGCAAGCCUCUCGACUCGCACUGGCGCAACUCGUCGAUACGCACCCUCCGCGGCGGUGAGCUCUCGCCCCAGCAACGGCAGGAAGCUAGAGAGACAGCUCGGAGGCGCCGCGUCGCGGAUGCCUCGAGGAAACGCGUGCCUCCCGAGCCGCUGCCCGAGCCGACGGAAAACAUGCUUGGCGAGUUGGAGCUGGGACUGGAGAGCAUGUGGGGGGCGACGGAGAUCGAGGCCAACGUGCAGAUCCCGACGUGCGAGAUGAUGGCCAAGAACAAGGACCUGCGGCUGCACCCGGACUGCAGCUGGAAGAACGUCAACGUGUACCACUGGAUCAAGGUGGUGAUGCGCAUCAGCCGGCUGGACCCGGAGGACCCGUCCGGCACGAAGCGCCGCCACUUUGAGAUCAGCAUCGACUCGCCCUUCACCGUGCUCGACUGCCGCGCCACCCAGGCCAACACGUUUCUGCCCACAUACACGGGACCGGCCACGCCGCCUGACGUGUACCGCGCGUCCUGCGGCUGCCCCGACGCCCACGUCGUCGCCACCGACGCCUCGCCGAGCGCCUCCUCGAUCGCGCUCGCGCCGGCAGACUGCGACGCGGCGACCGACGUGUUGCCCGCCGCGCCGCGCGCCGCCCACGUACACCAGCCAGUCCACGAGCCGAGCCGCAGCGGCAACAAUGGCAGCCCCGACCGCAGCUCUCGGCCCAUCCACCUCUUGCGGGCGCCGAGCUUCAGCCCGCCGAGCUUUGACGAGGACACGGCGCCCCCGCCGAUGCUCGUCGACAGCGGCGGUGGUGGUGGAGGCGGCGUCCCGGCGAUGACGCCGCCGCCGACGUACGACACGGUGGUGGGCACGCCGUCGGUGGACGGGCUGGCGGACUACUUUGCGCGGCUGGCGGACUACUUUGCGCGGCUGGCGGACUACGGGUUCGAGGGCGAGGAGGACGAGUCGGACGGCGAGGAGACGCCGCCGCGCAUCUUGGAGCGCUCGGGGCGCGUCAACGUGGCGCACCCGCGGACGCCGGGCGGGAGAAUGCCGAGUAGAAGCUUGGAGAUUGCGAGGCCGCCGGUGAACUUGAACCUGGAGGAUCUGGCGAAGAGGCGGAACGUGGUGCCGGCGGCGGCGGCCAGCACGUCGUCGACCUGA